AAAACCUUUGCUUCUUUGCUUUGCUUGAAACCCCCUUAUUUUGAAUAGGUUGUUUUCAUGUAUUUAUAACAGAAUUUUGAUGUUAUAAUAGAUACGUGCAUUGAAAUGGUGUUACUAUCAAGAAUAUAAAGAAGAUUGAAUAAGGUUUUAAAACCAGUGUUUUACAAUGCUGUCGAGGAAAAAAGAGUCCAGAUCUGCCAAAGAGGGGAUUGUGGGAAAAUAUGUAAAAAAAGAAAACCCUCCUGAAAUUCCAAUAAUUAAUGUUUGGACCACAGAGCCACUUCGGAAGCCUCCUAGGAGGGCAGGAUUUAGACCUGAAACUCCUGCUUCUCAAUCAUCUGGAAUUUAUCAGAAAUUCGGAAUUAAUAGGGGCUUGCAGUCAACUGCUUUAUUAGGUCAUGAAGGAAAGUACACACCCAGUACUUCAGUACCAGAUUUAGCACAAAGAUUCGCAAGUUUGUCUGUUGUGAGUGAAAAUCAUCCCAAUCCAACACAGUCAUCUCUUUACCCAUCACCUUCAGCUGGUUUAUUAUCUAAUUUAAAUCAAAGUUACAUAAACCAGUAUACUGGUUCUCAGUUCAGCAUUGACAAGACACAGGCUGUUAUGCCAAGAAAUUAUUCACCCUUGCGGAAUACAGAAAUGACAUCAGAUAUAGCUAAUCUCAGAUAUAGUGAAACUCCUUCUUAUGAUUAUUCUGUUACUCCAUAUCAUCAGGUUGCAUAUCGACAACCUCUUGUUCCAUGUUUGGGUCAUGGAAGGCACUCUCAGCACAAUAUAACCGAUGAUCACGCAGAUUCUGGUGAACUGCCUUUACCUCCUGGUUGGACUGUUGAUUUUACUUUAAGGGGAAGAAAAUAUUAUAUAGACCAUAACACAAAAACAACUCAUUGGAGCCAUCCUUUAGAGAAAGAAGGUCUUCCUACUGGUUGGGAAAGAAUAGAAAGUCCAGAAUAUGGAGUGUACUAUGUGAACCAUAUUACAAGAGCAGCACAGUAUGAACAUCCUUGUUCACAGUAUAUCUAUCAACCAGAAGUAAGACUGAGAAUGGAACUAGGACCUUCACAUCCAGAUCCUCCUCGACACACUAAUUUUCAUCCACAUAGUGCUCUUGUUCCGGCGAAUCCUUAUCUCAAUCAAGAAAUUCCUCAUUGGUUAGCUGUUUAUUCACGUGCUUCUCAAGAGUUGGAUUAUAAGCUGCGUUGGGAACUUUUCCGUUUACCUGAACUGGACUGUUUUAAUGCAAUGCUUACACGAUUGUAUAAACAUCAACUUGAAGAAAUAGUAAUGCGUUACGAAGCUUAUAGGGCUGCACUUCUUUGCGAAAUUGAGUACAGAUUAAGAAAUUUAGAGAGAGAUUAUAAUGAGAGUUAUAGAAAUGAAACAGAUUCGAAGGAAUCAGGGCCAACACAACACUCAGAAACGAAAAUAUAAUUGCAUGAUGUGCAGAUAACAGUAUCUUUGUUGGUGAAGUAAAAUAAUGGUUUAUGUUUAAGACCCUCUCUACACUUGUAUUCAUUUGUGAAUAGUAACAUCGAGUGAGGACUUAGUAGUAAUAAUCAUAUUGUGAUACGAUCGAAAUAUUACCAUAUACUGAAAAAAUGAAUUAUGGUAGUAACAGUCUUAACACUGGUAUUUUUAUUGUGAUAACAUUAUAUUAAUUGUGAUAUUUUAAAUGUUAGAUGUAUUUGCUAUUCUAGAAUAAUUUCUUAAUAAAUAUUUUAUUUUUCUCCCAGUAAAUCUUUACAUUCCAUAAUGAAACUGGAGCUUUGAUAAUUUCUAUAAGAUAAUAUAAUUUUAAUGUGUUUGUGUGUACAAUAUAAUAUAAUACAAUAUUGGGUCUGAAAUAAACUUUAUAAUCAAUGAAUUCUAAUUAACAUUAUUCAGAUUUUUUUUAUGAAUAAUUAUUAAUAUUGUUUCAUUAUUACUGAAGAUUCUUGCAUCUUUAAUUUUAAGACAUGUCAUAUUAUUCUUUAGAAUAAAUAUUUAUGAUUUUAUAAAAAAAAAUUGUAUAAGUAGAAAUUCAUGCAAUAUCCAUGAGGACUAAUUAGUCUUUUGAAUACCUUUAGUUUAGUGCAUCACUAUCAAUGAAUGAAAUUGAUACUUUUGUAUUAAUUUUAUUUUAUUUAUUUAUUUUUUGAAUUAUAUGUGUAUACAUGAUUAGAAUGUUUAUUAUAAAUUUAAAGAAAGAGGCAAAUGAUUUUAAUUCAUUAGAAUUUGAAGGAAAAUAAUACCUAAGUAAGUCAUAACAGCUACCUUUCUACAUCUAUGAUUCAAAAAAUAUUUUAUGUCCCUUGAAAAAUGUAGCAGAGGUGCUAGAAAAAAAAAUUAUAGUUGUAUUGGCUAAUCAGAUUGUUCAGAAAUCUGAAUUUCCUAAAAAUAUUAUUUUUGUAUACCAUCCAGAUUGAGUAGUAAGCUACCCGAACUAUACAUUAUUAGCUAUUAUAGGAAAGUUCUUGCUAGCUACAAGCCAGUGGGAACUUUUUAAUCGCUUAAAAUAACCAAGGUCUGUGGUAUUUUGAUGAACCUCUUCCAAAUAAAAAUAAUGAUGCCUUCAAAUGGUUGAAAGAGCAUGCAUAAUAUUUUUCUUAUCUUUUAAAGAUAUUUUGUCAACAAUUUUAUACAAUGAUCACCUCAGUGCCUUGUGAAAGGUGUGUGUGCCUUGUGUUACCCAAACAAGGAAUAUUUUAAAUGAAAGAAUAACACAAUUGUUUGUUGAAAAUGUAUUUUUAAAAAAGAAGUGUUUUUAAGUACAAGAAUUAACUUAACUUAUAUUUAGGUAUUUAUUUAAUCAAAUCUUGUUUUAUCAUCUUUUCAUAAUUUAUUUGUUGUAAAGCUUAUAGAUUUAUGUAUUCUGUUUUGUUGUAAGCUUAUUUUAAACUAUAUUUAGUUUGAAAAUGGUUCAUGUAAAUAAUAUUUACAUAAAUGUGUACCUGUUUAUUUAAUAAUUAUUUUAAGCUAAAUUUUAUUAAACUUUUUAUUUAAAAAUUGUGUUUUGUUGUAAAUAUAUGUUUUCACCAGGCUAAUACAUUUUUUUUUAUCAUAAGUGAUUCAAAUUUUAUUAUAUUUCUUUAUCCUAUUUUUAUUAUCUAAACAUAUUGAAAAAAAAAUUAACUUAAUCCAGUCCUCUGUUACCGCUGAGCAGUGUGAGGUUUCUUCUUAUAAAGCCUGAUCCACGAAUCUCUAUCCUGUGCCAGCUGUCUUCUCCUACUCCAGUCCAUUCCUCUCCUGUCAAAGGCUUCUUUAACUCCUUCUUCCCAUCUUUUUCUUGGUCUUCCCUGUGGCCUCCUUCCCUCCACUUUGAUCUCGUAGGUAGCCCUGGCAAUUCUGUUUUCAGCCAUUCGCGAGAUAUGUCCAAACCACGUAAGUUGGUUUUCUUGGAUUAUCUCCUCUGCAGGCCUCAGGUCCAGAUCACCUCGUAUGGUCACAUUCCUAACGCGAUCUCUUCUUGUUUUUCCCUCUAUUUUCCUUAGAUAGCGCAUUUCCAUAGCUUGGAUUUGGCUUUUGUGCUUGGCAGUGAGGGUCCAAGACUCGCUUGCAUACGUCAAUAUAGGGAGGAAAGUAUUCUUAAAGACAAUUUUCUUAGUGGUCUUUGAGACUUCCUUUUUGUCCAAGAAGCCUGACUUGAGGGAGUAAAAGCAUCUUCCUGCCGUCUUAAUUCUCUCUUUAAUUUCUCCAUCCACACAUCCGAACUCUUUAAGGUGAGCGCCCAGGUAUUUAAAGUUCUUCCCAGGACUUUUUCUUUCCUCUCAUCACGGCCUCUUUCACUUACCGUCUUUGCUCCUUGUAUACGGAGUAUGCCGCAUCUGACUUGGUUUGUAGGUAUCUCUCCCAUAGGGUUUUCUUCUGUUUGAUUUCCUCUUUAAUUUCCUCAUUCCACCAAGCAGUUUUCUUUGAUUUAUGACCCCAGCUUGCUUUUUCCACAUGUCAUCUCCGCUGCCUCCAGUAUUAUUAUCUUGAUUGCCGACCAAGAUUCUUCUACGUUGUCACUGUCCCAAUUGUAUCUUCCACUAUUCGCCUUUUCUUCAAUCGAAUCCUGAUAUGCCCAUAUCACCUCUGGCUCCCUGAGUUUGAAAUAUUUUAUUUUGAACUUAUUUGUCCGGUUUGACGUUCCGGGUGUGGUUGCUCGGUUAUUGAGUACUAUAUCCAUUAUAAGUAGCCGAUGGUCGCUCCCUAUUUCGUAGCCUCUUCUGACUCUUAUGUCUACUACGUGUUUUCUUUGUUCUCGUUGUAUUAGGUAAUAGUCGAUAAUUGACCUUUCGUUUCUACUUGGCUCCUCUCUUGUAUAUUUGUGAAUCUUUUUGUGUGGGAAGAAGCUGUUUCCAACUAUCAUAUCAUUUGCAAGACAAAGGUUAAGAAUUCUUUUGCCGUUGUCGUUGCAACUUUCCUCACCAUCUGGUCCCAAUGCGCCACCCCAUUUGGUCGAGUCCUUCCCUACUCUUCCAUUCAGGCCUCCCAUAAUUAUUGGAAUGCCUUUGCAUAAAGCGAUCUUCCGCUGUACAGAGUCGAAAAAUGCUUCCUUUUCAAGACUAGUGGCAUUAUCAUUUGGUCCGUAUGCUAUGAGUAGAGAGUAUGAGACCCCUCCGCUACAUACUUCCACUCGCAUGAGUCUACCACUAAUAGCCUUCCAGUUCUUUACACAGUGAGCCAAGUUUUGGUGAAAUAAGCAUGCCACACCGCUCUUUCCAUGUUUCCCCGGAUUGACUCCGGCAUAUAAUAAUAUGUGGUCUUCUAUCCUCUGUUCUCCUUUGCCUUUCUUCUUAGUCUCUGUUAUCCCUAGGAUGGCUAUCCCCGCUCUUUUCUUCUCUUCGACCAAUUCCACCUCUUUCCACAUGGAACGUUAAAGGCUUAAAUGUGAAAGAGGUGGAAUUGGAAAAAAAAAUUACAUUAUUAAAUCUGAUAGAUAAAAAAUAAACUUUAUUCUCGAUUAAUGUUCCCUAAGAAUAAUAAUAAUGUACAAAUAAAAAAAAAUCAUAUCUGGCCAAUAAUUACAUUCACAAAAUUUCUAAAAAUAUAUACAUUAACUUCAAUAACAAUAUUUAAACAACUAAAAAUAAUAUAUCUUCUCAUGCAGGAAUACUAUUGUAAUGAAAAAAAGAAGAAAAAUAGAAAAAAAGGAAAAGCAAAAUUAAGAACUACUAAGACUGUGCCAACUGGAGAACUUUAAAGUUACUUCUUACAGUUUUCAAAAUAGUUUUCUUGAUAGGAGUGCUGAAUGCCCCAUUUGCAAUACACGUAAACCAGAAGAUUUAUACUUUUUUUUUUUCAAUGUCCUACAUAUGAAGCUUUUAGAAGUAAGUACUUAAAUACAUAUAUUGAUGGCAUUUCUGACGAUAAAGAACAAAUGGUAAAAUUAUUACAUAUAGAAAACAAAUAUGAACUCGAUGAUUUAUACUGGUAUGUCAAAGAUUGUUUAAAAUUAAGUAAUCUUUUUAUGUUUAUACAAGAAUGAAUAGUUUUAUCAUUAAGUUUAAGGUUAAGAUUAUAUGUAAAUAAUAAUAUUAGGACUUAACAUUAUAUUUUAGUUUAUUCAAGAUAGUUUGUAUAGUUUAUAAUUGUAUCAAACAUAAUUGUUUUAUUUUACUGAUUCUUACUAUUAAUGUGUUUAAUUUGAUUUCAUGUAUAUAAACUUAACUCCAUUUGUAUGGGUUGGCCCCAAAACAAAUAAAAUUCAUUUAUUUAUGCUAUUAUUCUUAAACACUGUAUUUAAAUAACAAUUUGAAAAUAAAUGAUUUACUUUUUUUUUCUUUUUCUAUUGGCAUUACAGACCAUGUGGAUCUUUUGCCACUAUAAAAAAUCUGCUCCAUCUCUACCUAUCUUGGGCUAUUUCUUUCCAUUUCUUCCAUCUGCACACAGCAAUAAUGUAUCUUUGUUGAUUCUAUCUAUCCAUCUGCUUUUUGGCCUUUCAUGUGAUCUUUUGCCUUCUAUUGAGGCAUUCAUUGUAAUGUAGAAGCUUCCAGAUGGAUUGCUAUGAGCUACAUGCCCCACCCAUCUUAACCUCCGUGGUUUCAGAUCAUGGGAUAUUGAUUGGCUUGUUUCAGUAAAAUGGUUAAUAAUAAUAUCAUCUGGAGAGUGUCACUACCACUCCAAUUAUAAUAUCCUCCAAUGGACUGAUGCGAAAAUCAACAAUGGUAGGCACGAUGGAUCAUCUUUGCUGAAAGAGGCUCAACACUCAGUUCUCUUAGACACAGCACGUUUUCCGUUCCGUACCCCAAGCAGGGUUCUUGCAUCAUAGGUCAAGCUGUUCAACCAUCUAGUCCUAGUCCUUCCUACCCGUCUUGCGAGGUGCAGCUUCUCAAUCAUUACUUUCUUGGUUAUUUCAAAGGCGCUCAUUCUGGCCGCAUGCCCUGCCCACCUUAGUCUGGCAAGUUUAAUAUAGGUGACUAUGUCGAUGUCUGUAUGAAGAGAACUGAGCUCCCUAUUUUUUCUUUUCCUCCAGACAUCACCUUCCUUUAUGGUACCCUGGAAAUCCUCCUGGGGACUCCUCGCUCGAAUACAGUUUUUAAAAUAAUAGCAUAAAUAAUAAAAAUAAAUGAUUUUUAUUUGUUUUUGGGCCGAUCCAUAUAAAUGGAGUUGAGUUUAUUUUAGAUAAUAUUCACCGUUAGUGAAGCUAAUAAUUUUUCUAAGGUUUUGAUUGAAUUUUGAGUUCAAUAUAGAUUGAGUGUCGAGGGAAAAUUUAUUGCAUUUUAAUUUUUCAAUAGCAUUUUACAUUCCUCUUCAAAUAAUUCUUUAUUUUAAAUGUUUUAUAAUUCAACCAAGUCUUUGCUCUCAGCAUAUUUAUCAAUUGUAGGUACCAAUUUUAUUUUGUGUUAAUUAAAUAAUCAGAGGAAUGUUUUUUAAAGUUUGUGAACGUACUUUUGGUAACCAGUUGUCUUCCAUUUGGUCUAUGGUACCAGCGAAUCAUUCUUUUAAGAAUGCUUAUUUUUAAUGAUUCUAUACCUGUUUCUGCGUGUAUAUAAUGAUUAGGAAUAUUGCAUUGCCAAUGAUAAAUUGCUUUAAAAUAACUCACAGCAACACGCUCUGAUUUUUGACUGUAUAAUGGAG